GUUUUAAUCUGUUUUUUAAAUAUGUGAUGAAUUAAUGUGAAAUAAAUUAAUUUUUCAAAUUUUUAAUUUUUCUAUAAACGCUGCAAAGACAAGUUGGACCGUGUCUGGUCAUAUUGAGAAGCUUCAUGAGUUCAUUUAUCCAGAACCUUCCAGGUUCCUCCAGGUUUUUCCAUGUUAUCCCAGGUUCCUGCAGAUUUUUCCAGGUUCCUCCAGGUUUUUCCAGGUUCCUCCAGGUUCCUCAGGCCGGGCCCAGCCUGCCCCUCCUCCACAGAAAGCAGACCGUCUCUCCGGUGAUCACUCCGCCUGCGCGCGCCCUCAUUGGCUGCGUGGACGUUUUCACGUGGCGCCUGAGUGGGUCUUUGAAGUGGAGACUGAAACGUGCAGCGGCUCCUAGUUGCUCUGUGACAGCUGAGAGGGGCGGCAGGCCCAGCAGGUGUGUCGGUGGGGACGGAACCGCGACCCGGCAGAUGUUUCUCCGAACCUGCUCCAGUGCUCUGUUCAUGUUUCCUCCUGAGCCCGACAUGCCGAUGGACGUGACCAUACCCCUCUUCCUGUCCAAGGAGGAGUUCGUCUUCACCACACCCUCUACGGUACAGAAGUCAGUCCGAAGCUCCUGCCUGAGGUUCCAGCACACAACCUGCGUCAACAAAACUGAGCCUGAAGAUGGCGCCAUCACCAACAAAGACACGAAGAAAAAGAAACGUGUUACGUUCGCCGACCACAAAGGUCUGUCCUUAACGAAGGUGAAGAUCUUCUCCAAGUUCACGGACCCCAUAAAAAUCCCUGUGAACAUCCAGGAGAUGCUGAGCGCCAAGCUCACGCUGUCGUCCACGGAGGAGGACAAACUGGUGCUGGAUUUCACUCAGCCCUCCUCAGACUACCUGCUAUUCCGGCAGAACCUGGAGCAGAACCUCGUGAGCCUGGAGCACUGCAUGCUGAAGGAGAAGGCCUUUGCAGGAACCGUUAAAGUAAAAAAUGUAUCAUUUGAGAAGUCUGUGAUGGUUCGGGUGACCUUUGACUCGUGGAAAAGCCACACGGAUGUCUGCUGUGAAUAUGUGAAGGACACGUACCCGACCUCGUACAGCGACACCUUCUCCUUCGAGGUGUCUCUGCCCGCCGAGAUGUGGCCCAACGAGCAAGUCGAGUUCGCUGUGUGCUACAAGGUGAGCGGGAACGAGUACUGGGACAGCAACCAGGGUAAGAACUACCGCAUCGUCUGGUCCUACAUGAAGAAAAACCGCCACUCGGACUCAUCACAGUUUGGGAUCCACUUCGACCGGUACGGCAGCCCCACCUGUUCUCACGGGCUCUUCCCUGACUGGCCGAGUUACGCCGGCUACGAGAACAUCGGGCCUUACUACUGAACAUCUGAUGUCUCAGUUUUUAAUUUGCACGUUGUCAGUGAUGACUGGCUUGUUUUAAAAUGGUUUCUGUAAUGUUGGGUUGCUCCUGAAGUCCGUUUUACUGUCGAUGCUGGAUCACACUACAGACCUGGUUGGGGUCCGGCUCAACAGGUGUUCUUUACCUCAUCAUCCUCAUUCCAGAUCAGAUUUUAAACCUGCUGUUGUAACAGGAGCUGUAACUAACUGACCAAACCUUCACCAAUAAGCCUUGAAGUUCUCAAGUUUUAACCUUCAGAGGGACGAUCUGAGCAAACCGGAGCUGCUAACAGGAAGUCCAGUUGUUUUUUAUUCACCGGUUAAAGAUCACCAAGUCACAGAGCACCUGAGGUGUCCUGCUGCCACUUCUGCUACAGGGAACAUUUUUAAGCUAUUAACUCGUUUAUUCUCAGAAAGUUUCGGGUUCAGGAAGAACUUGGUGUUGGGCAGCGGACUGGAAGCUGAACGACGUUCCCUGGAAGGAUCAAAAUGUCCCGGUUUCCUGAUCUAACGAGUCUGGAUCAGAGUAAAUUCACUUCUUUAGCUCAUUUGUUGUGAAGUUGUCUUUGUUUUUGAACACAGUAUUAAGACAUCACAGAUAUGCUGAUGAGGUUUCUUUCUGACAGUUUAAACAUGGUUGCUGGCCUGUAAUGUUCAGUGAUGUGAAGUUUUUAAUGUUCUGCUGUUUGAUUCAGGCGGUUCCUGCGUCAGCUGCAAUCUGCUGCCAGAAGGUUUGUGUCUGUGCCGACAGUCUCGUUUUAUCAGCGACCUUGAAAAGUGAAAAAGUUUCUUUAUUUCACCUUAAUCUGUGCCGUUAUUGUGAGAACAAUCAGAAAAUAUUAACUUGGACACUUUUUCUUGAAAGUUGACUGUGAGGAGUUUAAAGUUUUAUAGUUCUCAGAUAGACAAGGCCGUAGUCGCUGUUUGCUUCAAAGCUAUGCAGAAAUUUGCACAUCAGUAAAUGCAGUGAGAAAAGCAUGGAGAUUGUUUGGAUCUUUGGUUUCUAAAGAGGAGUGAG